AAAGAUAAUCAACAAAUGAGAUACUUAAGGUUAAUCAGAAGUAAGAAAACACUGUACUACACUAAGCCUAUAUAAAUCACAUUUUGGUGUACAUAUCAUGUAUAUUAACUUUGCAAAACCAAUAUCCCUAACCUAACUAUUAUAUCAUAUUGAAUGAUGGCCUCCCAAAUUACCCUUGAACAGAAAUUUAAGAAGCUACUAAACUCAAAGCCAGCACCCCAAAAUUCACGACCAAAGAUACAAAGGGUGGCAGAAUAUCUCCGAAAAAGAGAAAAUUUAGAAAAGCAUUACACACCCAAGUUGGUGUCAAUAGGUCCAAUCCAUCAUGAAAAUGCAAAUCUAAACUUAGGAGAGAAGUACAAGCUUAUGUGGGCUGCACAAUACAUCGAAAACACUAAACUCAAUCCACAAAAUCUACACAAAAAGAUUGCUGAUAAAAUUGUCGAACUAAAAGGUCAUUUUGCAGACGAUGUUUUAGCUUUAACCGGUACCAAAGAGUCUCUAGAAGGCUUCACUAGCCUUGAAGAAAAGUUGUCGUGGAUGUUGUUCGUGGAUGGAUGUUCUCUGCUGCAUAUCUUGGAGCAUGCCGAUCUAAGAAAACCAGAACCUAUGCAUAUUAAGGUUGAUCAACUGGUUCUUGUGAUGGUGGAUACACUUUUGUUAGAGAAUCAACUUCCAUAUCUUGUACUGAAACUGUUGUGGAAAAAUGACAACGAAGCUGAAUUGAAAGAAACCAUGAAGGAAUUCCUCAAAUGUCAUCAUUGGGCCACACCAGAAAAGAAAGAACAACAUAGGAUAUCAAUACAGAAUGAGACAGAGACAGACGUACCUACUCAUCUUCUUGAUCUUCAGCGUAAAAUCAUCCUCACUAAAUCUUCUUCCAAGACUAAGGGCGAUGAAGCUAACAACGAGAAUCAAAGUCAGAAAAAUUCAGAAGAACUGAUGACAUACAGGAACAUACAAGAUCUAAGAGCUGCAGGAAUAAAACUUAAGUCAAGUGAGACACGAAGGCCAACAGACAUAGGUUUCUCCGAGGGUUGGCUCGCUGCAAAAUUGACUCUUCCUGAAAUUGUUGUGGACGACACCACAAAAUCUACUUUUCUCAACUUAAUAGCGUAUGAGAUGUGUCCUGAUUUUGAGAACGACUAUGGAAUAUGUUCUUUUGCAGCUUUCAUGGACUCACUGAUCGACCAUCCUGAAGAUGUGAAGGAAUUAAGAUCAAAAGGGAUUUUGCUCAAUUCCCUUGGUAGUGAUGAGGAAGUUGCAGAUCUUUUCAAUGUCAUAAGUACGGAUUUGGUGCCUAAUCCAUUAACAUAUUUUGAAGUUAGAGCAAAAAUACACAAGCAUUACUGCAAUAAAUGCAAGACAUGGAUAGCAUUGGGUAUUCACACCUAUUUCAACAAUCCUUGGGCCUUCAUUGCCUUUUUAGCUGCCUUUAUCGCAUUGGCUCUCACUUUUAUUCAAACAUGGUUUGCCAUUAACCCAGCAUCCUAAUAAAGGUGGUUUGUUAUGGCAAUAUUGUUUUUGUAUAAUUAAAUUAUGAAAUAAAAAUAGGUCUAGUGACUCAGAGAAUGUUGGUAAUGUAACAUGCAUAAUAAUUGUCUUCUUAUAAGGCAGCUGGUGUGGUGUGCUUCACUUCUCUAUGGAUUGUAUUGAAUUUAUUUUAUCAUCAUUUUUUUUUGGAUUAAGGCACUGUUUGGUAAGUUCAAUAAGCUAGCUUAUA